AUGCCGUCCGUCAAGAACCCCAACGGCCCGUCCAAGAACCGCCUCGCGGCCCGCGCGGCCAAGGCCCGCAAGACAUCCCAGAAGCGCUCCGCGGAGCUCAAGUACCAGAUUCCCAAACUCGACGCGCUACGCGGCGCCCGCCCAGGCCUCCUGCCCAACUGCGGGCCCAAGGCCAAGAUUAGUUCCAAGAAGGCGCGCAAGCUGCAAAAGAAGCUGGGCUACGCGCUGCAGCGCAAGGCGGCAGCCGAGGGCGGUGAUGCCACCAUGGCUGAUGCGACAAAAGGCGGAGAGGAAGUCCGAGAGGGUCCGGAUGAGACAGAGAUGGAGGGCAUUCUGUAG